AUGCGUUUGAGAAUCCAGGUUAUAGUGGCGUGGGGCAUAGAGCCUUAUCUUUCUUUCUUUCUUUCUUUCUUUCUUUCUUUCUUUCUUUUGGUUGCAUCUCUCUUCCUUUCUCUGUUGCAUCUCUCUUCCUUUCUCUGUUUGUUGCAUCUAUCACUUCCGUUCUUUCUUUCUCUCUCUCUUUCUUUUGUUUUGGUAACAUCUUUCAAUUUCUUUCUUUCUUUUAUCUUUCUUUCUUUCUUUCUUUCUUUCUUUCUUUCUUUCUUUCUUUCUUUCUUUUUUUGGUUGCAUCUCUCUUCCUUUCUCUGUUUGUUGCAUCUAUCACUUCCGUUCUUUCUUUCUCUCUCUCUUUCUUUUGUUUUGGUAACAUCUUUCAAUUUCUUUCUUUCUUUCUUUCUUUCUUUCUUUUCUUUCUUUUGGUUGCAUCUCUCUUCCCUUUCUCUGUUUGUUGCAUCUAUCACUUCCGUUCUUUCUUUCUCUCUCUCUUUCUUUUGUUUUGGUAACAUCUUUCAAUUUCUUUCUUUCUUUCUUUCUUUUUCUUUUUCUUUCUUUCUUUCUUUCUUUUGGUUGCAUCUCUCUUCCUUUCUCUGUUUGUUGCAUCCAUCACUUCCGUUCUUUCUUUUCUCUCUCUUUCUUUUUGUUUUGGUAACAUCUUUCAAUUUCUUUUCUUUCUUUCUUUCUUUCUUUUAUCUUUCUUUCUUUCUUUCUUUCUUUUUGGUUGCAUCUCUCUUCCUUUCUCUGUUUGUUGCAUCUAUCACUUCCGUUCUUUCUUUCUCUCUCUCUUUCUUUUUGUUUUGGUAA